GUUCCCCCUUCUUCUAUAAGGGCUUUGUGACCAUGAUCUUGAAGUGCUCAAUUGAAAUGCCAAACAUUAGUUAUGCUUGGAAAGAACUUAAAGAGCAACUGGGUGAGGAAAUUGAUUCCAAAGUGAAGGGAAUGGUGUUUCUCAAAGGAAAGCAGGGUGUUUGCUUCGAUGUGCCCACUGCAGCAGUGCCAGAAAUACAGGAAAAAUGGCAUGAUUCACGGCGCUGGCAGCUCUCUGUGGCCACAGAGCAACCAGAGCUGGAAGGACCACGGGAAGGAUACCGAGGCUUCAGGGGACAGCGGGAAAGCAGCCGAGGCUUCAGGGGACAGCGGGAUGGAAACAGAAGCUCCAGGGGACAGCGAGAAAGAAAUAGAAGCUUCAGAGGACAGCGAUCAAGUGGUGGAAACAAAAAUAACAGAUCCCAAAACAGAGGCCAGAAACGGAGUUUUAGUAAAGCAUUUCGUCAGUAAUUUAGAGGAUUUAUAUGGCAAAAACAAUUGUGUUUGUCAACAUUGAACUGAAUAUUAGUUUUAAUACAAAAUUAAAAGCACAUUGUAUUUCCUUCCUGACCACUUGCCCAGUACCCAUCUCUUCCAGAGAAAGAAGUUUAAUCUGAAUUAUUUCAUAUGAUGGUUAUCAUUUCUAACUUUAUUGCUACUUCUGUAUCAGGUUUUCCUUUUGAAAAGAUGUAUGAAUUCAUUACAUUUUAUUCUAAUGUAUUGUCUAUAGAUUACAAGGUAAAAUCAAGCAUGUAUCUGCCUAUACUUUUUCAAAGUGACCUGUCUUUAUACUUAAAAGUCUCUUAAUAGUGUCCUUCCCUAAAUUUCUAUGGGGAAUGCAACAGUCCUUGGAGAAGCACUUUGAGUAGUCGAAGCUUUGCUGUGUAAUUGCUGUUCCUCAGCUGUCUGCCUAACCGUGGUCUUAUGUUGAGAAUUAAUACUGAGCAAUGUUUUGAAACAAGAUUUCAAAGUUAGCUAGGAUGUAACAGUUUAUGUUAGCAUAUGAUCUCGUUUAAAGGAUGGUGAUGCAUUUGGUAGGAGACAUUAUAUAGUUAGCCAUUGUGUGCAUUUUGAUACAUUUUUAGCUUCUCAGUAUAAGGUGAUUCAUGCUUCAGUGAAUUCUUCACAGAUUUUAUCCAUCUAUGUAUGUGUGUGUAUAUAUAAAGAAGUAUUUUAGAAAGGAAGUAUCCCUGAGGAGUUCCAUACAGGUAAGAUGGCCCCAUAGCUUUCUUCAUAAGUAAGGAGGGUGCAUGAAUGGUGCUUGAUGAUGAUGUAUUCCACUUACUAUUGGAAGAUUAACAUUAUUUACCAAGAAGGAAUUAAGGGAGUAGGGGCCGGAGAUUUGCAUUGCUGAGUCAAAAAACCCACUCAAAAUAUUUUUCACAUGCAAGAAGGAAACCGUUUGUAUCUGUUGAGGGGGAAGAGAAGAACCAGGAACAAUACAUGCCAAAGCAUUUUUUUUUUAAACUAAGGUAUCAUUAAUAAACGAUCUUACAAAGUUUUCACAGGAACAACAUUGUGGUUUCAGCAUUCACCCAUCCCCCACUCCCACCCCCACUAUUGCAGUCACUUGUCUAUCAGUGUAGUAAGAUGCUAUAGAGUUACUAGUCUUCUCUGUGCUGUAUUGCCUUCCCCAAGACUUACAUAUAUUGUGAUUGCUAAUUAUAGUGCCCCUUAAUUCCCUUCUGCCUUUCAGCCCUUCCCACCCUCUCCACCCCCUUCCCUUGGUUACCACUAGUCCCUUCUUGGAGUCCGUGAGUCUGCUGCUGUUUGGUUCCUAAGGUUUUGCCUUGUUAUAUGCUACAAAUGAGUGAAAUCAUUUGGCACUUGUCUUUCUCUGCCUGGCUUAUUUCACUGAGCAUAGUACCCUCUAGCUCCAUCCAUGUUGUUGCAAAAUGGUAGGAUUUGUUUUCUUAAGGCUGAGUAAUAUUCCAUUGUGUAUAUGUACCACAUCUUUGUCCAUUCAUCUGUUGAUGGACACUUAGGUUGCUUCCGUAUCUUGGCUAUUGUAAAUAUUGCUGCGGUAAAACUGGGGUGCAUAUACUAAAGCAUUCUUUUAAUGGUGAAAACUGAAUGGGUUAUUAGUGUUUCUAGAGGUUAACUUCUGAUGUGCAGACUGGGAUUUUUAGGUAGAAUGAUGCAAAUUAGUUUCUCAAAGGCCUAGUUCCUAUAGUAGCAAUGUAGGAUCUGUUUCUAUUAGACUGCUAUUCUAUUGAAAGGUUUUGGCUGCUUAGAGACUUCAUCUGAAGACAGACUCUAGGUGGUUACUUUAAGUUGUUGCUUUGAGAGAACUAAAGAACUUAAUAUAGUAGCCCUGGCCAGAUAACUCUUGAGUUCUCAAAUACUUCUCUGGGAAACUUUCUGCAUGGUGCAGGAGCUCAGGUGUGGCAUUGUCUUCUCACCUUAACUCCUAGAAAUUCUGUACUGAGGAUCUCAGGGAAUAAACAUGCUAGAAGUUAAAAUACAUGGCCUGUCUUGUUCUCAUUUAAUUAUUUUGAACAACUGAAAUCUUUCUUGGCCCUGGUUUCUUUUCCUUGAUUAGGUUUUUAUAUCUAAUUUUCUUCACCUAAUCACUUUACACUAAGACUCAGAUAGCCAACUCAACUCUGACUCUUGAGUCAAUGUCCUUUUUCUAUUCAGACUUCAGUUCUAUCCUUGAAUCCUGACACAAUGUUUCUAUGUUCUCAGAAAUUCUCUUGGCUUUUAUUCCUUGAUGCACUUGACAGUUUUAUUUUUUUUCCUACUCAGUGGCUUCCCAUUGAGCCACAGGGAUUUAGGGAAAGAUACUUGACAGACAACUCAUGUGCCUUGUGGAUUUCAAUUUAUUUAUUCUACUCCAGUUUUGCUCAAAUACUGAGCUUACUUAGUAACCAAAAUAUUGCACAGUUUGGAUAGGAAUGGGCACCUUUUGAAGCAGGUUAAAAGGAUGCUAUCAGUCCUUCAGGAAGGAACAGCUAAAACCUUGAUAUGGGUUAGCCUAAUGAAAAAUAAUUGGGUAUAAAUCAAGAGUAAGGGAAGAUGAAUGGAAUUUCACUUAUCGUUAUUUUAAAGAAAAUGUGGCCGUUUUAAUAAGUGAAGCUCAAGUUUCUUCUGGAUCCUGGACUUCAAACCAUAUAAUAUAAUUAGCCACUGUUUGGCUUAUUGGACUAGCCUGAGAAAUGCUAUCCUUUUUACUAUUUUCUACAGAGAAAAUAUUUUCCAAUCAAAUAGCUCAAUGAACUUUAAAAUACAAUCCACUUUUAUGUUGGAGCUUCUGUGCUGCAGUUUUCUUUACAGUUGUAUAUAAAAUGUUUUUACUGUAAUGAGUUAAUGUGUAAAAUACUGCUUUAUGCAAUAAUAAAGAUAUUAGUACUUAUAA